UGUUGCUAAAGACGAAAUACAAACUUGUUUGUAUCUGUCUAUAAAAGCAUUCGCAUUUGAGUUUACAAUGUUUAGUCGGUUGCCAAUCCUACAGUUGAACUGAGUCAAUAGCACAAGUGUUACUUUAGUGGAGUGUCUUCGUCUUCUCAGGUGAAGAUUGUUCGUUGUAGUUUCCAACAAGGCUUUUCAACGUUACUUCAUUAGUUCCUAGUUUUGAACUGUAAUCAAUCUCGAUUUGUUCAUUUAAUUCCACGUAUUACAAUAUCAGUAUUUUAAACUUUUACAUACCGGUACCUCAAUUAAUUUUGAAAUGAUGGACAUUAUCUCACAAUGUGAAUAACAGAAAAAAAUCGUCUCUCUUUCUCAUAAACGUUCAGACAAUAAUUAACAAGUAUUAUAGGAUUUAAGUAUUAAUUUUUUAGUUCAUAGCUACUUUUCAAAUUGAAGAACUUUUGAUACAUUCUUUAUAAAAUUUAAAAAAAAUCUAGGUUUUCCACCGGUGUAAAAUUAGCCAUUAUAGCUUUACUAUUCGGUCCACUUUUGCAGAGAUUUCGUUGUAUUGUUACCGUUUUCAAAUCUUAUUAAAAACUUGACAAUUCUUAGUAAAUAGUAUUUGAAAAACUUUGGAGACUAUCAGUGAUAAUAAUUAUCAGAUUACAGCAUAGUCAUCUAGCUUUAUUAACCUGUGAUUUGGUGAAAACUUAGUGAAUUCCAAUUCUCAUUUAAAGUAUUUUUAUUGGUGAGAAGGAACAUUUUAUUGCUGACGUUUUGUAUAGUUGUUUCUGUUGAAUGAAGACUGUUGUAAAUCUGGAACUUUAUUAUUAUUUUACUUGAGUUUACCGGUGGCAGUUCAAUUACGGGUAUUUCAAUUUUGACGAACUACGUUCGGUUAGGAGAAAAUGAUGAUGCAUGACUGUGCCGAAGUAAGAAUAGUGGCUCCGGAUGGUGAGGGCGGAAACUAUCGGCGUUCGUCGUUCACCGACCGCAACGGUCGCGUGGUGAGGAAGCGUGUGCGUACCUACUCGGAGGAGGUGAUCCUCACGCCUCACUCACUCACCGUCAGUCUCACGCCAGAGCAUGACUCGGCCGACGACCGCCAUGACAUCGAAGGAUUCCUGUCCGGCGUCUCCUCCAAUGACACCAACUGGAUCGAUAAACGCGACAUUUCGCACAGAAUCUUCGUUAACCGCAGUUUGCAUUUGGAAAAUAUCAAGUUUUAUGGCUUCGAUAUGGAUUGUACAUUUUCAGAAUACAAAUCGCCACAGUAUGAAACAUUAGGGUUCAAUCUUGUCAAGCAAAGGCUCGUUGAAUUUGGAUAUCCACAGGAAAUUUUAGAGUUCGAAUAUGACCCUUCAUUUCCAGUUCGUGGCUUGUGGUUUGAUUCGCUUUAUGGUAAUCUUCUGAAAGUCGACGCAUAUGGAAAUAUUCUAGUUUGUGUUCAUGGAUUUGAAUUCCUCAAACACUCAACGAUAUACGAAUUAUAUCCAAACAAAUUCAUCACAUUGGAUGAGUCCAGAGUGUAUGUUUUAAAUACACUUUUCAAUCUACCUGAAACCUACCUUUUCGCGUGCCUAGUGGACUUUUUCACACAUUCACCGCAGUAUACAAGAGACAAGACUGGUGUUAGGAGUGGAGAACUAUUCAUGCCUUUUAAAUCAAUUUUCCAAGACGUGAGGAGCGCUGUAGACUGGGUCCAUUCACAUGGAGACUUGAAGGAUCAAACGAUCAAGAACCUCGAUCAAUAUGUGAAGAAGGACGAAAGAUUGCCAACAUUCCUAGCCAGAAUCAGAGAGAGUGGAGCCAAAGUCUUCCUCCUUACAAAUAGUGGUUACAUGUUCACAGACAAAAUUAUGACCUACUUAUUCGAUUUUCCACAUGGAGCAAGUCCAAAUGAGCCACAUCGAGACUGGAAGACAUAUUUCGAUAUGAUUGUGGUGGAUGCAAGGAAGCCAUUGUUCUUUGGCGAGGGCACGAUUCUGAGGCAGAUCGACGCAAAGACUGGCGCACUAAGGGUUGGCACGCAUACGGGCCCCCUACUAAAGCACACCGUCUACUCUGGAGGUUCGUGCGAUGUGUUCACCAAAUUGAUCGGCGCCAAGGGAAAGGAUGUGCUGUACGUCGGAGAUCACAUUUUCGGUGAUAUUCUGAAAUCGAAGAAAACGCAAGGCUGGAGGACGUUCCUAAUUGUUCCAGAACUCAUCCAAGAACUGCAUGUGUGGACUGACAAGUGCCAACUCUUCUCUGAGCUGCAGACACUUGACGUUAUGCUGGGAGAGAAGUACAAGAACCUGGACAGCAGCACAAUGGAGAAGCCGGACAUCUCGAAGCUGCGGCUGGCGAUCCGCGAGGUGACGCACAAGAUGGACCUGGCCUACGGCAAGAUGGGCAGCCUGUUCCGGUCCGGAUCGCGGCAGACCUUCUUCUCGGCGCAGGUGACGCGCUACGCCGACCUGUAUGCCGCCACCUACCUCAACCUCAUCUACUACCCGUUCAGCUACAUGUUCCGCGCGCCCGCCAUGCUCAUGCCGCACGAGUCCACGGUCGCGCACGAACAGCGCUUCGUCAUGGACAACCCCAUGAUAUCGCGCUCGCGCACCGUCUCCAUCAUCGACGGCGAAGAUGAUCUCGCCAUCAAGCAGAACGUCAUUACGUCUGCGAGCAGUCAGGUGCCCCAUCCGCGGCCGUCGACCCCCCGCAGCCUCACCCACACUCACGACGAGGACUACUCAGAUGAGGACAGCGACAAGCAGUCCAACGGAAAGGUCGAGUAAUUCCAACAAAACAAUACAAUUAUUACUACGCUCAACAUUACAGUAAAACCGAUAGAAUGUAAUGACAAAUCGAGAUGAGCUUUAUAGUCAUGUUUAUCUUCCAGUAUAAACUACACAAUAAUACUGAAUGCAAUCGUACAUAGACUUAGUAUUAGAUAUGUAAGCCAAAAAUUAAGUGAUAGGAUUCGAUUCACGUUAAUUUUUUAUUGUAAUAUUUUUGUUUUCUCAGUUUAUGUAUGAAAAUAUAUUUACUCUAUUUAUUAAAGAUUGCUUACAUAUAUUUUAUUUCAAUUACUUUAUGCGAUGAAGGCUACCUAGUUAACACGCGUAUUUUAUGAAUAAAAUAUAUUACAUCACUACAAAUAAUAUAUUUAUUUUCAUAGUCUCUCUAUGAAGUUGUCGAUUUUUACAAAUAUCUUAUAACAAUUUAUUCCAGUGAAUUGGAGAGUUUUAGUAUCAGAUUCUUAAUUUAAAAAAAAAUUGUGUCAUGAUAGUUGAAGCGGCCAAUUUUAAAAUAAGACUUGAUAGUUGUUUGCAUGUAGGCAAUCUUAGAAGUUGAUUUUUUCGAAAGUGUAUUGAUUGAGAAUAAUUACUAAAGUAAUCCACUGUUUGAAAUCGAGUAAUAAAUAUGCCAAUUAUUAUAAUAGAAUUAUAUUAUAUUAUUACAUUAUAUUAUAAUGUAUUCAUUUAUAUUGAAUAAAUUAAGUAAAACACUAGUUACUCAUCCUUCUAGGUGUAAUCGGACACCUAUUACAUGUGAAUGUAAUAUGUAAAUGGGUCGAUUUAAGGUCCAUUUUCAUUACUUUUCUUUGGAAUAUCUGUUACUGAUCGAAUAUUUUAUUAAUCUUCUAUUCAUUAGUCUUUCUAUCAUUUUUCAGAAAAUAAUGCUGACUUGAGCACAAGUUAUUCAAUAUUGAAGUAUAUGAAAUGAAAAGUCUCCAUCCACUAAGUAUGCAAUUAGUAAGACUUAAUAAGCAAGCAAUUUAUUAUUCUCUUGUUUGUUCUAGAGUAUUUGAAUAGUUGGUAUGUUUUCAACUCACAAUACAAUGGUGUUGUAUUAUAAAUUUUUUAUUGUAACAGUUUCAUUAAUAUACAUAAUAAAACUUUAAUAUUCCAUUGAAAAGCAUUCGCACUACUCCAUUUACGUGAAUAGAUCCAUUUAAUAGUUGAUAUAUCUUUUUCCUACAUCUUAAGUUCCAUAUUGAAUUCUUCCAAUUUUGCUUCAUCAUGUUGAUUAGUACAGCUCAUUCUAUUCAGAAUUUUACAUCACUUCUUAUCAUCAUUCUGGUAUCUUUACUAAAUUUAGGCCAGUAUAUGUACUUUAAUGUUCUUCUUAAAUAAUAAACUAAGCUCUCAAGCUAAACUUUAAAUUUGGAAAUAUACUCACAAUAGAGGUACGGUUCAAAUCAUACAAUAACUUCGAAAAAAUGCAGUUUUAGGUUAGUCAGAUUUAGCUGAUGUAAAAAGAAUGUCUCAAGCUCUGUGCCUGAUAAGUGUAGAUGUAAUAAUUUAUUAUAAUCAAAAUAAAAAAUACGUACACUAUCAUUAGAUGGUAGGUUUGUAAAAUUACUAUUAUAAUUGCAUGAUAUUCCAAAUUAAAUCUAACAUUAUUAUAUUUAUAGCAAAUUUAUAUCUUUUCGGGAAUCCCAGAAUGUAAUAAUACCAAUGUAUAAAUUUGUGAUAUUACUGACAUUUUUGUAUUACCAUUGUGUAUUGUAUGUUUGUUUCUUGCACACAAGUUUUGUACAGUUCGAUUCAAUUUAUGCUUUGAUUAAUAUUUUUAAGAAUAGUCUAUUUUGUUUCUAGGCUUAUUCUUAGUUUAAGAGUUUUAAUUAUUGUCAAAAUGUCAUUGUAUAAUAAAAGUGUAUUUUUCACCUUC